CCCAGAUCCCCCAAAUCUCUGUGUCCCCCCAGUUCUCCACUCUCUGCGUUACCUGCACGUGGGGGUGACCGAGCCCAGCCCGGGGAUCCCUCAAUACAUGGUGUUGGGACACAUGGACGGGAUCCCCUUCCAGCGCUACGACAGCGAGCGGGGCCGGGUGGAGCCGCUGACGCCGUGGAUGGCGGCCGGAGCCGAGCCGGGAUAUUGGGAUAGAGAGACCCAGCGCAAUGAGGGGAACCAGCUCGAUGAUGCCACCAACCUGGAGAUAGUGGGGGGCCGGUACAACUGGAGUGGGGGUUUACACACGGUGCAACUGGUUUAUGGCUGUGACCUCCUGUCCGACGGGAGCAUCCGUGGAUCCCAUCGGUAUAGCUUUGAUGGGCGGGAUUUCAUCUCCUUCGAACUGGGAUCCGGGAGCGUCGUGGCGGCCGAUGGAGCUGCCCAGAUCACCAAGAGGAAAUGGGAAUCUGAUGGGAUCACGGUGGAGUGGUUGAGGAAUUACCUGGAGAACAUCUGCUCGGAAGCACUCCAGAAAUACGUUGGAUACGGGCGGGAGGCACUGGAGCGCAAAGGUGAGGGAGACAGAAUUCCCAUGGGAAUGAGGGAUUUGGGAAUGUGGGAUUUGGGAGGAUGGAACUGAGGAACACGGGAGUUC